AGCAUUUGCGGGCGCUAUUACUAAAUUGUCUUCAAUCACACGUGAAAAGGAAAAUAUUGUUUCUCACGUCGGCUAAGGAAAAAUGGGGAAAACGAAGAAGAAUCGACCCAAAAGAGGAGACCCCAUCUCCACAAGUGGAUCCCUUGCAGAGCAGAUAGAAAAUGAAGACACUCUGAAAAUGACUCAACGAGUGAAGGAACGUGGACGAAAGGAUGAGGAUGACACUUUCGUUGACGAAAGACUUUCAAGGAAGAUCUUGGAGCAAGCAAGGCUCCAGCAAGAUGAACUUGAAAUAGAACAUGGGAUGACAAGACUUGGUCCAUCUAAGAAACCUGCCACAAGUCUUGGCCCUACAAGACCAGAUGGCUCAGAUGAUGAAGAGGAAGAGGACCAAGAGUUAGCCCAGCAUGACGGCCAGUUCUUUGAUGAGAUUGAUGUAGAUGAAGAAGACGAGAGGGCGCUACAGCAGUUCAUGUCGAAGGAUGCCCCGAUGAGACGCACUCUGGCUGACAUCAUCAUGGAGAAGCUCACGGAGAAGAAGACAGAGGUAGCAUCACAGAUGACAGAAUCUGGUAUGGCUCCUCCAGAGUUAGACGAUAGAGUUGUGCAGGUGUACAAAGGAGUAGGGCAGAUUCUCUCCAGGUAUCGUAGCGGUAAACUACCCAAGGCAUUUAAGAUCCUUCCUGCACUCAAAUCAUGGGAACAGAUCCUGUACAUCACAGAGCCUGACAAAUGGACGGCAGCUUCCAUGUAUCAAGCAACAAGAAUUUUCUCCAGUAACCUCAACGCCAAGAUGGCUCAAAGGUUCUACAAUCUUAUUCUACUGCCGAGAAUACAGGAUGAUAUUGCGGAAUUCAAGAGGUUAAACUUUCAUCUAUACAUGGCAUUAAAGAAGGCUCUGUUCAAGCCCGCUGCUUUCUUCAAAGGAAUUCUCCUUCCUCUUUGUGAGUCCGGGACUUGUACUUUGCGCGAGGCAGUCAUCGUCGGGAGCGUUCUCGCCAAAUCGACCGUUCCUGUUCUUCACUCGUCUGCCGCGAUGCUGAAACUUGCUGAGAUGGACUACAGUGGAGUUAAUAGUAUCUUCCUCAGGAUUCUGGUCGACAAGAAGUACGCACUUCCUUUCAGGGUCAUUGAUGCGGUCGUAUAUCACUUCCUCAGAUUUGUACACGACAAGCGCCAGCUACCUGUACUGUGGCACCAGGCUCUUCUAGCGUUUGCUCAACGAUACAAGGAAGACAUCUCAUCCGAGCAGAAGGAGGCCCUCAUGGAGCUGCUCAGGGCUCACCUCCAUCCGUCAAUCACGCCGGAAGUGCGGAGAGAAAUCGUCAACUCCAAGUCGCGUGACUGUGAGGAACCAAUGGGGGCAGACUGAGAUCAUUUAAACGUGCAGCCAAAUAUAUCUUCAAAGGACUUGAAUGGCUGUAGAUCUGUUGAUCCUGUAGAAUGACACCACUCAAGCAAACGUGCAGCCAAAUAUUUUUAAAGGACUUGAAUGGCUGUAGAACUGCAGAUCCUGUAAAAUGACACCACUCAAGCAAUAAGGAAAAAACAGUGUUCAUGCUACUUAAAGCCAAUGGGAUCCUGUUUAAGUAUUUAUUGCCUAUGCUCUGUGAAGCGAAAUAGUGUCGGAUGAGAAUUUGAUCAUAUUCUUUGAAAUGGCACUCAAACAAAUAAGAAAAGUGCUUAUGCCCAUCUUGUUAUGAAUGGUCAUCGGUUAAAAAUCUUUUGCAACCAGGAUCAGAAUGGUCUGAUAUACGAGUUCAGGGUUACGUUUUAAUAAUAUUUCAUUUUUGUCUCGAGAAUGCUCUGAAUUACAUGCUAUUAGUAUUGUAAAUGUGCAAAAAACAGUUUAAAAAUUUGAGUCCAUUUCUGUUACAUUACAUUGUGCCCAUUCAUGAUUAAGAGUGAUUUAAUUCAAAAUAAAGUUUCUUAAUUGACAAUGCAUAGUGAAAUUUAUAUUCACUGUUUUUCGUGUACUUUUUAUUUUAAAAAUGUCUUGUUGAUAUUUUAAUAUUUAUAUGUACACUGCCUCAUUUAAUAUACAUUUUAUAUUUUUAAAACUAUACAUGAGUAGAAAAUACAAAUAAUUGUUGCCAAUUUGAGGAAGACAAGUUAAUUCAUUUAGACCUUCAGAAAACUCUGACCUACUGUUAUGCUCAACGAAGUAAACAGGAUUAAUCAUUUAAUCAUCACAAUGUAAGCAUCAUGUGAACAAAUUGUAGCAUGCAUGUGCUAAAAAAAAAAUCGACAUAAGCUGUCAUAAAUUUGGUGCCAUCUUAAUGCCAGAAUAUUUGUAUAGUGUUUAGGGGAAGUCCAACUUGAUGUGAUGUUGGUUUCAAUUUUAAAAAAGCAGACAAAUGAGAGCACAGAUUAAUGUGAAUUUCUGCAAAAUUUGAUACAAAUUAUGAAGAGAAAACAAAAUGAUUCCUUUUUGAAGUUGUUAUCAAUGAAACACAAGUUUGCAACACUGUGACUUACACUUUCUUUCAGGUUAAUCUUUGGAGGUGCUCCUUAGUUUGCUCUUUUCUAAAAAUCUCUUAAAUUCCAUUUUUCUUAACUGUUUGUGAAGAAAUUGAUUUGUUUCAUGCAGGGCUUAUGUAAAAACAUGUACCUACAUGUGUUCUUUGAUGGGCCUUUGUUGCAUGAAUGAUGAAAAGAAUUCUGUAUAAAAAUUGAUGCAUUUUUUAGUAUAGAGCAAAUAAGAGAGGACCUUGUAAGACACGUUUUAGAGUUGCUAAUUUGUGUUUGAUCGAUUAUAAAUCAUUUAUU